CACUGUUUGGGUCAAGUAUAACAUUUAUAAGUGGCAUCUUAAAAGAAGGACAUUUAUCUAUUUUUGUUAACCUUUUCAUUUUUUUCCCUCUUCAGUUUUUCCAGAAAAUGACCAAUUUAAGCAUGCGUUAUUUUUUCUCAUCAUCCUCUUCUUUUUCAGCUCGAAGCAGUGUUCAAGAUAAGGUUGAAGACCCUGAUAAUUCUUUAAACGAAAGUCAUGGAAUGAAAGGAGAGGUUCAUCGUCAUUUAGAGGAGAGCAUUCGUCCAUACAUUGAUCUGAUUGACACGCUGCGCUCAGUUGGCAUUCAGAAGGAUUUGGCAUUGCCGACUAUCGUAGUGAUCGGAGACCAGAGUUCUGGGAAAAGCUCUGUGUUGGAAGCACUGUCUGGAAUUGCGUUACCAAGAGGAAGCGGAAUUGUCACUAGAUGUCCACUAGAGCUGAGGCUGAGGAACGUAACAGGUGGGGUCAGCUGGAAGGCUGUUCUGUCUUACCGUAAGAAGAACACUGAUAUCAUGAAUUCAGCAAAAACUCCUGAAGCAGUUUCUAACCAACUGGCGAGUUCAGCGAGCAAAAGGCCACGUUUAUCCUAUGAGGAGAAGAUCAUUGACGUUGGGGAUCCUUCAUUAGUUGAAAAAUAUGUUGAAGCAGCCCAGAAUGAGUUGGCAGGAAAGGGGGUGAAAAUUUCUGAUGAUCUUAUUACUUUGGAGGUCAGGUCACCAGAUGUGUGUGACCUCACACUGAUCGAUCUACCUGGAAUUGCCCGAGUCCCAGUGCAAGGACAACCACAAGAUAUUGGAAACCAGAUCAAACGUCUGAUCAUGAAAUUUACUGAGAAGCAAGAGACUAUAAACAUGGUAGUGGUCCCUUGUAACAUAGACAUUGCCACAACAGAAGCAUUGAAAAUGGCACAAGAAGUAGAUCCUGAGGGCGUAAGAACUCUCGCCAUUUUGACCAAGCCAGACCUCAUAGACAGGGGAACCGAGAAGAAUAUUCUGGCCAUUGUCCAGAACAAAGUGAUUCCUCUCCGCAAAGGUUACAUCAUGGUGAAGUGUCGAGGACAACAACAGCUCGAUGAGAAAGUUCCUCUGGAGGAGGCGACACAAAUUGAGACAAAUUUCUUCCAAAAUCAUGCAUUCUUCAAACUCCUCUUAGAUGAGAAUAAAGCGACUAUUAAAUGUCUUGCCACCAAACUCACACAGGAUCUCGUCAGUCAUAUUAAAAAAUCACUUCCAAAGCUUGACGAGCAGAUAAAAAAGCAGUUGUGGGAUGUGAGGAAUGAGCUGAAGGAGUGUGAAGCUGGUCCACCACAGGACCCGAAGGGAGCCAAACAGUUUCUCAUUAAAAUAUUAACAAAAUUCAAUGACAAAAUCAGGUCCUUAUCAUCAGGAGAGCUGAUCAUUAAGGAAAAUUUGUUUGUCCAGCUUCGGACUGAAUUCAAGAAGUGGAAUGAUGAUCUUAACGACACAAAGACAUCCUUUGACAGUUCGAAGGAGUUAAGCCAGAAUUACAGAGGGAGGGAACUGCCCGGCUUCAGCAACUACAGAGUUUUUGAGAUGAUUUUGCAGGACCGUGUGGCUAAACUGAAAGAGCCAGCCAUCGACUCACUCCAUUCCGUUAAAGACAUUGUUCUCAAGCAGUUCACUGACGUGUCUCAUCAAUGUUUCCGGAACUACCCUGUUCUUCUAAAUACAACUAUGAACAAAAUCGACAACAUUCAGUCAAGCCAGCAAGCCAAAACGGAGCAGCGGAUCAUGGAUCAGUUUGAAAUGGAAAGCAUGAUCUACACUCAAGAUCCCAUCUACUUGAACUUCUUGAAUGCGGUCAGCGGAGAGAAAUUUUCAGAAGCGCAAUUACCUGUCUUUGACAUAAAAAGCAAGUACAGUGAAAUGCUGCAGGCCUAUUAUGAGAUUGUUGUGCAGCGGAUGGCCGACCAACUGCCCAUGCUGAUCACCUUCUACAUGCUAAAGGAGACCGCUCAGCUCCUGUCUACUGACAUGCUCAGUAUACUGGAAGGGGCAAAUGCGAGCGAGCUCCUGUUCGAGGACUCUGACGUCAGCAAAAGACGCAAAUACUUGCAGUCUCGUCUGAGCCGUUUAACUACUGCUCAGGAAGCACUUAGUGAUUUUAUUUGAGAGAUCUACUGAUGAAGGAUUAAACAUAUUAUUCAAACCUCCGUGUAACAGUUUUUCAAUAACGGUAAAUAAGUAGGUGAUCUUUUUUAAAACAUCCAACAAUUUAAUCCAACUUUAUUCAGCAUAUACAUUUUUUGAUAUAUUGCUUGAUUUCUGUUGUUUCUUUAAACCAAACGACUGCAGUGUAACCCUUUUAAAGUAAUUAAUAAAUAGCUGUUAUUCUUGCAAGUGCGAGUGCAUUGAAUUCUGUAUCUGGCAGAAUACAAAUAAUUUGGAUUGUUUUCAUGUUGGCAGUAAUUUGUAUCCAAGCUGCUCACAACAUUAUUGGGAACAAAGAUUGAUUUUGUUUUCUAAAGUAGCUAAAUGCC